AUGUCUCCCCGUCGCUCGUCACGGGCGCGUACCACACAGCCAACGCCAUCUGCACCGCAACACACCAAUUCCUCCUCGUCCUCUAUCUCCUCUGGUCCGGCAGAUCGCAGCGCCCGCCCGCAAACCAAGUUACCAUCGCCGCGGAGCUCAGUAGCUGCUCGAUCGCAGUCUCCCGAAGAUUCUGAAGCGCCAGCCAGACCACAGUCGCGGAGGACGAGGAGUAGCCAAGACGACCCCAAAGACGAAGCCCCGCCUGCAAUCGACGACGAGAAUGACGACGAAGUCGAAGAAGAAGUGACAAGAUGCAUUUGUGGGAACCAGGAAUAUCCAGGAUUGCCUGACCCCGACCCCGCCAAAACCGUCUCUAAGGACGAGUCAAAUCCUGCGUCUUUCGCUGAAGAUACUACCGGGUGGUUUAUACAAUGUGAUCUAUGUAAAGUCUGGCAACAUGGAGGCUGUGUUGGGAUCAUGGAUGAAGCUACGAGCCCCGAGGAAUACUUCUGUGAGCAGUGUCGCCAGGACUUGCACAAAAGUACCACUACCACUAAUGGACGAAAAUACUCUCACUACCUGCCUAUGCAGGAAUCGAAGUCAUCACAGUCCUCUCCAGCUCCUGCUGCUAAACAACAUUCGAAAAAGUCUAGAGAUGGUAGAAAACCACUUGCCAACGCGGAUAAUACAUCGAAGGGGCGCCGCUCGACGAUGAAUAGCCGUGACGCCGCGUAUGAAGAAGAGCAGCUCCGACGAGCAAUUGAGGAGAGUAAGAGGGAAGGUGGAGCCCCAUUCGCAACUACGGGCAGACGAAAGGGUAAGCGGAGUCGAAGCGAAAGCGAAGAGCGUAACGAAAACGCGAAGCGCCAACGGACUGCUUCAGGUUCUGCUUCCUCGGCCUCUCAAAGCAAAAGUCGUCGCCGUGAUGCGGACUCGGAGAAUGAAAUCGAGAAGCCAGAGAAAACCAAAAACAUCAGAGGCGCAGCAGCUCGAAAUCACCGGAACAAAGAAGUUCGAGAUCGCGAAGCUCAGCAAGAAAAGGAACGCGCAGAUGCAUUUGGCGGCCGCAAAGGCCGUGCAGAACGACGGCGAGGCGAUGAGUCCGAUCCUUCGCCUCAACCACUCUCGCGGACUGUCUCUGCCAGGGGCGCCAACACCACCAACGCCCAUUUCGCUGCCCCUGCCCUUCCAGAUCACCUGCCACCCAAGAGCGCACAGAAAAAGACCGGGCGACCACCGGCAAAGCGAGGCCGUGUUGGAAGGAAUCAAUACACUAAGGACCGUGACCUCCCUGCCGAGAUGCCAACCACCACUAUGUCGCCCGCGCGAAGUAACAACUCUCAUGAUGCAGAAAACGGAACACCACAUCUCAAUGGCAGCAGCACCGGCAUUGGAUUUGCCGAUAGCAAUGGGUUUGGCAAACCCUCCAAGCCGCGCCACAUGAAUUUCAAUCGUACCAGCAUGAACGACAUGAAACGCCGUGUUGCCGGCAUUCUGGAGUUCAUCUCCCACACGCAAGUGGAGAUGGCAGGGGUUGGGCCACCCUCAACGACGAAAUCAUCGACCAGCACAAACACUCCCCCAGAAAGCAACGACAACAGGAGCGACGGACACGGUAAUGGUUCAAAGUAUGAUAGGGAUAAUGGGAAAACGGUCAACGCAGCCUUGGCAGAUUUGGAGGGCGUCAAUGAGCAGGCUUUCGCGGCGCUGAGUAGUGUGGCGAUGAUGGAAAUGUUAACAAGGAGGUUGAUGAAAUGGCAAGCGGAGUAUGGCAAAUGGGGAGAGAAAUGA